AUGCGGGCUGAUAUCAAACAAAAAGAAGGAAAUGAGUACAAAGUUGAAGAGAAUCGCGCAAUCGAAAGGCGCCGCCGACGAACUGGUAAAAGUGUGAGGGAUGACGAGUUCCUUGGAGCUGUGCCGGAGAUCACUGAAAUGCGUAAACCAAGUGACUAUGCCAACUUCAGGACAAGAAUGUACGAUGACAUACAAGAGGCAGAACAACUCAGGCUGCGGCCAUAUCAAGAGGAAUUGGUCGGCUCAUAUGUUUUCUCCACUUUGAGGUACUACUUUCGAGAACUUAUUGCUCUUCAGGUUGAAGCAGCCCUUCAAGGCAAGAACACCAUAGCAUGCGCCCCCACAGGAUCCGGCAAAACCGAGGUAUCCAUUUAUGUCGCCAUGUCCCAUUUGGAUGAGAAAGCGGCGAAGAAUCAACCGGCCAGGGUCGCAAUGUUAGUGCCGAGAAUUCCUUUGGUCGACCAGCAAAAGUACAGGUUCCACAAGUACGUGCGAGGCAGGUACUAUGUAGAAGGGUUCCACGGCUCUGGGCUCAAGGGCGCCUCGCGUCGCGAUAUAGUGCUCGCGUGCGAUAUAGUCGUGAUGACUCCGCAGAUCUUACUGUGA